GCGCGGCGGCGGCUCAGGCGCGGCGGCGGCAGCCCCGGCGGCUGGCGGAGCGGCGCUAGCUGCGAAGGGAGCUGCAUAAGAUGGCGGCGGCGGGAGCCGAGGCGGCUGCCGCGGAGGUGGAGGAGGAGAAGGAGAAGAAGCAGCAGCAGCAGUUGCCGGAGGGCGAUCCUGAGUCGGGAGGCGACUCGGAGGAUGAGGGCGACUCGGACUCGUCGGGCGACGGCGAGGAUGAGGAGAAGGAGAAUGAGGCCGAGAUUCAGCGGCUGGAGGAGCAGCUUUCUAUCAAUGCUUUUGACUACAACUGUCACUUGGAUCUGAUAAAACUGCUCCGCCAGGAGGGAGAGCUGGUAAAGCUCAGAAGAGCUCGUCAGAAGAUGAGUGAACUCUUUCCGCUUACUGAAGAAAUCUGGUUGGACUGGUUGAAGGAUGAGAUAAAAAUGGCUUCUGAAAGCUCUGAGCGAGAGAAAGUUUAUGAGCUAUUUGAGAGAGCUGUGAAGGACUACAUCUGUCCUGAAAUUUGGCUGGAAUAUGCCCAGUAUUCAAUUGGUGGCAUUGGGCAGGAAGGAGGAAUUGAAAAAGUUCGUUCAAUAUUUGAGAGAGCAUUAACUGCUGUUGGACUGCAUGUGACAAAAGGAACAGCACUGUGGGAAGCAUACCGUGAGUUUGAGAAUGCCAUAUUGGAAACAGCACAGCCGGCUCCUGGCAGUGUUCCGUUGCCCGAGCAGCAGCAGGUGCUCUGCAGCCAGCUUGAGAAGAUCCACACACUGUUCAGGCGCCAGCUGGGGAUCCCACUGUUAGAUAUGGAAGCUUCAUAUGCUGAAUAUGAAGAAUGGUCAGAAGAUCCAAUACCAGAAACAAUAAUAAAGAACUACAAAAAGGCUCUGCAGCAACUGGAGAAAUGUAAACCAUAUGAAGAGGCACUGCUGAGUGCUGAAACACCGAAGCUAGCAGAAUAUCAAGCUUAUAUUGAUUUUGAAAUGAAAGCAGGUGAUCCAGCUCGUAUUCAGUUGAUCUAUGAGAGGGCUUUGGCUGAGAACUGCCUUGUGCCAGAUCUUUGGGCACGCUACAAUCAGUAUUUGGACCGGCAGCUGAAAGUGAAAGAACUGGUCUUAUCUGCUCACGAUCGUGCUGUUAGGAACUGUCCCUGGACAGUUGGGCUGUGGAUUCGGUAUCUCUUGGCAAUGGAAAGGCAUAGAGUUGAUCACUGCACUGUUUCCGAAAUUUUUGAAAAGGCUCUGAAUGCAGGUUUUAUUCAGGCAACGGACUAUGUAGAAAUCUGGCAGGCAUAUCUUGAUUACUUAAGAAGAAGGGUGGAUUUUACACAAGACUCAAGUAAAGAGCUAGAAGAGUUGAGGUCUGCGUUUGCACGUGCUGUGGAAUAUUUGAAACAGGAAGUAGAAGAGCGUUUCAGUGAGAGUGGGGAUCCAUCCUGCACCAUCAUGCAAAACUGGGCGAGAGUUGAGGCCCGCUUAUGUAACAAUAUGCAGAAGGCCAGAGAACUUUGGGACAAUAUUAUGACUAAAGGGAAUGCCAAAUAUGCCAAUAUGUGGCUGGAAUAUUAUAACCUAGAAAGAGCUCACGGUGAUACUCAGCACUGUCGGAAGGCCUUGCAUCGAGCUGUACAGUGCACAAGUGACUAUCCAGAGCAUGUCUGUGAGGUGCUGCUCACACUGGAGAGGAUAGAAGGAACACUGGAAGACUGGGAUGCUGCUGUUCAAAAAACAGAAAACAGAUUAGCUCGAGUAAAUGAACAAAGAGCAAAGGCUGCUGAGAAAGAAGCUGCUUUGGCAAAGCUGGAGGAGGAGAAAGCUGAACAACGAAAGCAGAGUCGGGCUGAAAAGAAAGCUUCCAAAAAAGCUAAAAAAAGCAGAGCUGGAGACAAACGCAAAGCAGAGGAUGAUGAUGAGGGAGAAUGGGGGCAGGAAGAGGAAGAACAGCCCAGCAAGAAACAUAAGGGAGAUGGUGAUGUUUUACUUGCUGAAGAAGAAAUGGAGGUGGAAACUGGUUUGUUUGGAAGGAGUGGACCUGAAAAGCCUGAUCACCCACCAAACCAAAAGGAAAAGGCAUCUACCAGUCGAAAAGACAUACCCAAAGUUCUCCAUGACAGCAGUAAAGAUAAUGUUACAGUCUUUGUCAGCAAUCUUUCUUACAACAUGACAGACCCUGAGGUGAAACUGAAAGAGCUCUUUGAAAGCUGUGGGGAGGUAGCAGAGAUUCGGCCAGUAUUCAGUAACAAGGGGACUUUUCGGGGCUACUGUUACGUGGAAUUCAAGGAAGAAAAAUCAGCUCUCCAAGCUCUUAGAUUGGAUCGCAAAGUUGUGGAGGGAAGACCCAUGUUUGUUUCUCCGUGUAUUGACAAGAACAAGAAUCCAGACUUCAAGGUGUUCCGGUAUAGCACUACACUAGAGAAACAUAAGCUGUUUAUAUCCGGUUUGCCAUUUUCUUGCACUAAGGAGGAGCUGGAAGAUGUGUGUAAAGAACAUGGAAACGUGAAAGACAUUAGGUUGGUCACCAAUCGAGCUGGAAAACCCAAGGGCCUGGCCUACGUGGAAUAUGAAAACGAAGCUCAGGCCUCGCAGGCUGUACUGAAAAUGGAUGGCCUGACAGUUAAAGAACAUGUCAUCAAGGUGGCAAUCAGUAACCCACCUCUCCGAAAGUUGCCAGACAAGCCUGAGGCAGGCCGAGCCUCGCAAUUUGCGGCACCGCGACAGAUUUAUGGAGCGCGAGGCAAGGGAAGGACACAGCUCUCAAUGAUGCCUCGUGCGUUACAGCGCCAGAAUCAUCCUGUGUCUAAGGCUGAGAAUGGGAUGGUCCAGAAUUCACCAGCAACCUCGUCCGAACCCUCUGAGGAGCCUCAAAAAAUGUCUAAUGCUGAUUUUGCCAGGAUGCUACUGAAAAAGUGAGCAAAAAGUCUGCAAUCAGCUGGUCUGGUAAAAUGUGAAAUGCCUUUAUGGAAGCCAUGUUGUGUCCUUACUUGUGCUAGCAAGGAGAGAGCGCCAGUCACAAUCAUGUAUAAAUACUGUUCUGGACUACUGCAUUCAUCAAGAUCAGUGUAAAAUGGUACAAAUCCAUUUUUUUCCUCUGUUUCUAAGAGCAAGGAGUUAUACUAUGUUCUGGUAAAAUGGCUUUAAAUGAUCCCUCAUAUUGAGGGUAAUGAGGGAGGAAAUAUUUCCUUUACAGGGUGGAUGCCACAUGAAACUUUAUGAAUACUUCAUGAAUAUUUUUCUUUCAUUAAAGAAUGAGAUGCUAUGUGAAAGCCUAGUGAUAACCUUGUUAAGCUGCGCUGGUCAGAAGUUCAGAUUGUGAUUGAAGUCAUUCUCUCUGACAACACUUUUCUUUUUUUACACCUGCCCACCCACCUUUCCAUUAAAAAAAAUGGCAAAUGCUAGUAACUUCACCACAAUGGCCUAUUUUAGUAUCGGGAGAGUUUCUAUACAUAUGUGUGUGUAUAUGUGUAUAUAUACAAAUAUACAUACAUACAUACAUGUUCAGUUAAUGUCCUGUUCAAGUUGACCUGUUUUUUAUAUUGUGUAUUUGUAAAUGACGUUCAAACUAUUAUUUUUAAGUGUCAUGAGAUAAUACUAGUUUCCCAUAAAGCUGUACAUGCUAUUGCUGAGGACCAUUUUUUGUUUUUGUUUGCUAGCUAACUCACAUGUCUUUGCAGGUGGUUUCUGUAUGGUUUUGUACAAAUGUGAAGUGCAAGCUGAAGUUUCUUGGUUUAUUAAACUCAAGUUCUCAAAGGUUUUCUAUAAAUACUGUUGCUUUUGUUUAAAUGUGCGUGACUGAUUUGCACUUAUCCUAUGGCAGCUGGGUAAUACUGAUGUACCUCCCCUCUGGGGUGCACUGAGAUACAUGGUAUCGGCUAUAUGUUUAAGUACCUCAUUCCAUUUAGUAUGAGUAUCCUGAAAUCAUUCAGUAAUCACCCUAGUGACUUAAAAUAAUCUAGUGCAUGAUCUUGGAUAGAAAUAAUACUGCUUCUGACUAAAACCGCUGCUAACUUUGGAAGCCAGCAUACAUGGGAGUUGAAUGUGAGAGGGGGGGAAGCAGUACUGAGUUCACUUGUACAAUGCAAGUACUGCUGCAAAUAAAUACUAUUUUCAGUAUUUGAA